CGGAGCUCGGCGGAAGGCGACGAAGGGAAGGGGACACCCAGACUGCGAGCCCUGAUUGGCCAAUCGCCUCAGGGGGCCCGUCCCCCGCGCCGGCCUCAGACGCCGCCAUGGCGGCGGAGGUGACGGACGGUUCGUGUGGGUUCUGCAGCGCCUCCGCGGCGGUAUAUACGUGCCCGCGCUGUCACCGCCGCCUCUGCUCCCUGCGCUGCUACCGCGCCCACGGCCCCUGCGCCGAGGCCUUUUACCGCGACCAGGUUCUUGAGGCGCUGCGCGCCCAGCGCGAUUCUCCCCCCCGGGGCCCCGCGCCGCCCGGGCUACGCGAACUACGCGAGCCCGGGGAUCCAGUGCGGCCUGUGGGCCGCGGGCUGUGGGAGCAGCUGAGCGAGGCGGAGCGCGACGGGUUCCGGCAGCUGCUGAGUUCCGGGGAGGCCGCGGCGCUGCUGCCGCAGUGGCGGCCGUGGUGGUGGCGCGGGCGGGGGCCAGUGGAGGAGCUCGGCGGCGGCUCGGGGGUCGAGGAGGAGGAUGAGGAGGGCGGCGAAGGCCGGCCCGGCCCCGCGCCGCCCGUCCCGGCCUCGGUGCCGCCGCUGAGCGCCCUCCGCGCCGCGGCCCCGUCGCCCUUGGUGCGGUUCCAGCUGCCGAACGCGCUGUUCGGCUACGCCUUCUCGCUGAGCCUGCACGGCGGGGACGAGACGCUGCUGCCCGAGCUCCCCGCGGCCGCCAUCGCCGCCUCGGCCGCGCUCCGCGCCCGCCGCCCCUUCGGCAGCACGGCCGAGGCGCUGCUGAGCGCCCGGCGCGACGCCCGCACCGCGGGGCUGCCCCUGAGCCCGCUCGGCGACAGCGGCGCGCUCCUGGCCGUGGCGCAGCUGCUGGAGGGUCGCGAUAGUCGCGACCCCGGCGCCGACGUGGCGGCAGCUUUGUGGCACCUGUGGCGGCUGCUGAAGGCGGGGGCGCGGGCGCUGCCGUUCCCCGAGCGGAGCCGCUUCCGAGCGGCGCGCAGGAAGGUCGGGUUCCUGCUGAGCUGGAGCCGCGGCGCCCCCGAGGAGCUCGCCCAGCUCGCCCGGGAGGCGCGGGCUGUUCACGCCGAGGUGGCCGCGGAGGAGGCGGCGGUGGCCGAAAUCAGGGAGGGGCUGGAGAAGGUCUGGGGAGGGCCCCGGCCGCCCCCCAGGGAGGGGCAGGAGGAUCGGGUACCCUGGCUGGUCAGGGACGGGGUUGAGGAGGGUUUCGGGGGUCCCCGGCCUCCCCCGGCUGACAAGGGGGUGCAGGGUCGGCGGCUGAUCCAGGAGCUGGACUGAGAGGGGCAGACGGCAAGGAAACGGCCCGAGAGAGAAUCUGCUGGUCAAGGGACAGGACUGAUGAACGUCCAGAGAACCGGGACUGGGAAAGCUGCUCCUUAAGGGACAGGACUGAUUAACGUCCGAGAAAUCUGCUCAUUAAGGGACAGGACUGAUUACCGUCCAGCAAAGUUGCUCGUUAAGGAACAGGAUUAAUGAACUUCCAGAAAAGCUGCUCAUUAAGGGACAGGACUGAUGAACGUCCCCACUCUCGGCAGGUGUGGGGGGUCCCAGGGGGCCCCUCAGUUGAUGGGAGAGGUCCCGGCAAUGCCAGUAAACAGUGGGAGUGUGGGGUGGUGGUGCUCGCUGGGGUCUCAAGAUGGGAGGGAAGACACGAGAACGUUGACUCCAUGUUUCAGAAGGGUCAAUAUGUUAUUUUAUAUUACAUUAAAACAGUACUAAAAUAAUAGAAGAAA